UGUAAAUACUUAUAAAGCAAUGCAUGUUUUAGUGAAGAGUGCAGUUUAUUAGGAGCAUGUCUCAUGAAAUCCAUUUUUUGCCCUCAAAUAGCACCUCUAACCUUGGACGGUCUCAUGCCAUGACAUUCUGGCUUUGAGUAAAUGAAGAGGCCGAGAAUUCCUGGCCUUCAUGUGGUAAUACUCUCUAUUUCGUUUUUAUUUUUGCUAAUAAAAAAGGAGAAAUCCUUUUGGCCCCAAUAUUACGUGAGACCGUUGAUUACAUAUGAUGUCACAGAUGAUGGUCUAAGAUGAGAUAAUGCUGGAAUUGUUAAACCUUAAAAUUUCAUUUUGGAAUAUUCUUUAAGUUUUCCUAUUCAACAAGAUUGCAUGCUUUGAUAAAGGUACAUGAAUAUGCUUAACUUGUAGUUGUGUUCAAUUGAAACAUUAUUGUUUACAUCAGCAAGUACAUAAUAGAUUCUGUUUUUUUAAGAAUAAAUUCUUAUUGGUUGCUACCAUCUUUGGAUAUUGAGUACGAGGAUUUGAUCUUUGAGAACUUUUUUAAGUUUGGAAUAAUAGCUUUCUUUACUUCCCUAUUUAUAGAACAUUAAAUCUGUUUACUCUUAGCUUUCUUUUCUUCCCUAUUUCUUUAAGAGGUUCCCUUUUAACUUUCUCCGAUGGCCAGGACUGCGUCUGACAACCAAAGUGGACUAACAACAUCUGUGUCGGAUACACCACCAGCACAUUACAUGAUCAAAAUCAAGUCAUUCUCAUUGUUGGCUAAGAAUGCAUUAGAGAAAUAUGAAUCUGGGAGCUUCGAAGCUGCAGGCUACAAAUGGAAAUUGGUUCUCUAUCCAAAUGGAAAUAAGAGCAAGAAUGUCAGAGAACAUAUUUCUGCCUACUUAGCAAUUGCAGACACAAGUUCACUUGGUCCUGUUUGGGAGGUCUAUGCUAUUUUCCGGCUAUUUUUGCUUGAUCAAAACAAAGACAAUUUCUUGAUCGUACAAGAUGCUGCAGGAAAGGAAAGACGGUUUCAUGGGUUAAAGCUGGAGUGGGGAAUUGAUGCAUUCAUUCCAUUGAGAACAUUUAAUGAUGCUUCUAAUGGAUACCUUGUGGAUGACACGGCUGUGUUUGGAGCAGAGGUGUUUGUCCGUAAAGAAAGGAGCACUGGCGCAGGAGAAUGCUUGUCAAUGAUAAAGGAUACUGUUACUUCUAAGUAUGUCUGGAGGAUCGAGAACUUCUCCAAGUUAGAUCUAGAAUGCUACAGCUCAAAUGUGUUCUUUGCUGGAGAUCAGAAAUGGAAGAUACAGCUAUAUCCGAAGGGGAAGCGGCAUGGAACGGGUACCCAUAUUUCUCUCUAUCUGGCUUUAGCAGAUUCAGCAACCCUCCCUGCUGCUACUAAAAUAUAUGCAGAAUUCACCAUACGUGUCCUGGAUCAGGUGCAUGCUAGGCACAUUUCUGGGAAAGCUAGUAACUGGUUCGGUGCUUCGAGCCCGGAAACCGGUUGGGCAAAGUAUAUUUCACUUGGUUAUCUGAAUCAGCAGAGCAACGGCUGUGUGGUGAAGGAUGUUUGCCUUGUGGAAGCAGAAGUAACUGCGCUUGGAGUUACUAAUGCACUGUAAAUUGAAAACAUAUAUGCUUAUAUCCCUAUUUACAGAACAUAAAUAGUAAAAGCUAGUUACCCCAUUUCUUUAAAUAACUUGAAUAAAAAUAACUCGUAGAUGGAGUCAAUGGGACAUAAUGCUGUAUGCACGUCAUUUACAGGAUUUGUUAGCUGUGCAAACAGCAGCAUCAGAGCCCAUGUGUGUAUAUAUAUGUGUAUGUAUCUGUAUAUGUGUAUGUAAUAAAAAUAAUAUAAAUAAUAUUAGUGCUCCAUUUACAGACUGAA